AACUCGGAGUUAGCGCAAAAAUGUAAUUUCACCAUCUAGGGUUAAGUGAUAACUUCAAGUUAAUGAAAAUCUUUACUCCCAGAUUUUAACCCUCGAUUAUUCUAGGUAAUAAUGACCUAACUCCAAGUUACGACCACGAUAUCAGCCGCGUUGUCGUGGGAGGGAUUGUUUAUAUGAUAAUAAAUUAUUAACAAUAUUGUAAUCAUGUAGAUAACAUGUAGAAUUUUAUAAGUUUGGCGCUGUUUUUUUCUUCGGAUUUUUUACUUCAACGUUUUCAUAGUUUCUACAUAGGGCAUUUUUAAAACAAGAGUUCAAAUAAAAUAGAAUGUAUCGUCGAAUACUAUACGAUAACGAUGACGAUGAUGAAGAGAUUAUUGAUAUGCAACGUCGACCUCGGAUAUUUUAUGAAAGAGUCAACUAUUGUGAACUGUAUGACGAUCAUGAUUUUAUAAAUCGAUUUCGUAUUUCAAAAGCUACGUUUAGUAUGGUCUUGAGAUUGAUAGAAAAUGAAAUAUCACCUCCUUCUCAAAGAAACAGAGCAAUAUUGGCACCUUGUAAGCUGUACAUGGUACUCAGGUAUCUUGCUACAGGUUCUUUUUUGUUAGCUAUUUCUGACUUUGUUGGAGUUAGUGAAUCAUCAGCCUGUCGUUACAUUCACCAAACAUGUAGAGCCAUAGCAAAGCAAAAACAAAAAUUCUUGUCGUUCCCAAUGAAUGAUGUUGAUACAAAAAGAGUAGUUACUGGGUUUUACAGCCGAAGUAGAUUUCCCAGAGUAAUAGGAGCUAUAGACUGUACCCAUAUAAAAAUUCAGUCACCAGGUAUAAAUAAAAUAUAA